AUGGAGGUGGUGGCACUGGACCAUAUCUACUAUGUGGUUCGAUUCUGGUCUGCUGAUGACUAUGAAUUUGCUAAAUACGGAGGGCCAUGGUCGGUAAUGGAACACUACUUAAACGUCCAGGAUUGGAAGCCAAAUUUCGACCCUAAGUCGGCCAAGACGGAACGUGUUCUAGUUUGGGUGAGGUUUCCCGAUCCCCCGAUGGAGUACUAUGACUACCCUUACCUUAUGAAACUGGGAAGGAAAAUCGGUGAACCGAAAUAUGUUGAUGAAGCCACAAGUGUAGGAUCAAAGGGGCGUUUCGCGAGAAUGUGUGUGGAAGUUGACCUCACUAAACCGCUCCUCUCCAAGUUCACAGCCAAGAUGAAGGUUCAAAGGAUAGAAUAUGAAGGAAUGUAUCAAAUUUGCUUCCACUGUGGUGUCUAUGGCCAUGCGGCAGAAGCCUGUCCCUGGAAAUCGGCGGAGGAAGGACACACGACGGCGGAAACAGGUGGUGCUCAGGGAAACGACAGACGACAACCAAAUAAGGAAAGCGAUCAACCGGUGAGCAUUAGACUGGAAAUCGUGGAGAGAUAUGGUACGUGGAUGAUUGCGCCCAAAAAAACUUACAGGCAAAAUCGCGCAAAUAAUGGAAAGAAUAAAGAUCAGAAAGGAAAGGAUUGGGAUGGAGCUAAAGGUCGUAACGGCUCUAUGAGUGGAGAGAAGGGGUCGCAAUAUGGAAAGAAUAAAGGGAAAGAAGCAGUAGAUCAAGGAAUUGGUAUAACAUCUAUGUUUACGGCUUUGAGUGAGGAUAAUGUGGAAGAAACAAUUGAACGACUGAGGAAUCUAAUGAGGGGAAUCAAGUCGAAAAUCAAGUAA